AUGUCGAAUAGUUUGGAUGAUGGUCAUAUUCGACAUGAAUUUCGUUCAAUUUUAAAUAUUCUUAUUCAUUUUUCAUUUUCACUUACUCAAUUAGUUACUGUACUUGCUAUAUUAGGUUUACUAAUAGCAUUAAUAGUGACUCAAACAUGUGCAUAUCGUUUUGGUAUUGGUUUCUGGUCAUUUCCUUUCUUACUUAUUUCUCCGCUUAGUAUUUGGUUAGUUAUAUGGCGACGUAGUUCAAUAUCUUGUCUUAUAAUCGAUCAAAUUGGAUUCGUUUGUUCAACAUCUUCAUUAAAUUCUUCUUAUGUUAUAUUAAAUAGUUCAUUCAUUGGUAUAGCUGGUCUUUUUAAAUUAUUUAAUUAUGGUGAAGUUAUUUUACUUUAUAUACUUUUUCGAAAUAAUGAUCAAACAUCAACAAUAUUUAUUGAAGAAUAUUAUGAAAGAGAUCAUUCAUUUAUAUCAGAUGCUAAAAAUAUUAAUGUAUGGCGUUCAUGA